AGUCCUAGGCACUGGGGAUGCCAGUUCAGCAUGCACAGAUACACAGACACGCGGACACACGGACUUGUCCGUGUGGACUUGCCCCCACCACCACCCAGGGCCGUCCACCCACCCCCGUUCUCCAGGCUUCAGCACCUUCCUUAGCCUGGGAACCGCACGGCAUUGAGGGACUCGGGAGUCAGACUGCAGGACCUUCAGCAAUCCCAGGCCCAGCGCCGCCCCGCCAUGACGAAGGAGUAUCAAGAUCUCCAACACCUGGACAACGACGAGCAUGACCACCCUCAAGUCAGGAAAGCGCCUCCUGCUUCCCAGCCGGUCCUGCGGCGCCUCUGCUCCGGCCCCCGCCUCCUCCUGCUCUCCCUGGGCCUCAGCCUCCUGCUGCUGGUGGUCGUCGGUGUGAUUGGAUCCCAAAACUCCCAGCUGCAGUCCGAGCUGCAUGCCCUGAAAGAGACGCUCAGCAACUUCACAGUGAGCACCGAGGCUGAGAUCAAGACCCUGAGCACCCAGGGGGGCAGCGCGGGGAGGAAGAUGAAGUUGCUGGAGUCCCAGCUGGAGAAACAGCAGCAGGACCUGAGUGAAGAUCACUCCAGCUUGAUGCUCCACGUGAAGCAGUUCGUGUCUGACCUGCGCAGCCUGAGCUGUCAGAUGGCGGUCCUCCAGGGCAAUGCCUCCGCAAGCACCUGCUGCCCCGUUAACUGGGUGGAGCACGAGGGCAGCUGCUACUGGUUCUCCCGCUCCGGGAAGUCCUGGCACGAGGCGGAUAAGUACUGCCAGCUGGAGAACUCGCACCUGGUGGUGGUCACCUCCUGGGAAGAGCAGAAAUUUGUCCAGCACCACACAGGUCCUGUGAACACCUGGAUGGGACUCUCGGACCAGAGCGGGCCUUGGAAGUGGGUGGAUGAGACGGAUUAUGAGACAGGCUUCAACUGUCUCGUGCCCUCAGAAACUGGAGACCAGAGCAGCCAGACGACUGGUAUGGGCACGGGCUGGGAGGAGGCGAGGACUGUGCGCACUUCACUGACGAUGGCCGCUGGAACGAUGACGUCUGCCAGAGGCCUUACCGCUGGGUGUGUGAGACAGAGCUGGGCAAGGCCGCCUAGGAGCGCCUUCUCCCCCUAAUUUAUUUCCUCGGCGCCUUGGCCUGCCAGAGAGGUCUGGGAUUGGGAAUGCUCCCACCUGGGGACUUCCUCCACCUUCUGGGGGAUUUUCACGUAGGAUUUUAUGGGAAGGGGAACAGAUGGUGUCUGAGGGACGUAGGGUGAUGUUUGCAGGGGUGGGGAGAUCGAAACUCAUGUCAUUUCUGCAGUUUGCAGGUAUUCUUGUCAACUUUUUUUUUAAGUAAAAAAGAGAAAAAUACUUUAGCAUUCUA